AUGAUAAGACAUUUACUGGACAACGUGGUGGAGCGCGGGAUGCCGCACCAUUAUUCCACUGAGAUGUGGGAGCGCACGCACAAGGGCACGGUCAAGGGUCCAGUUAGAGGGAGCAACUGGAGCGACAUUCCGCGCCGAAUCGUGGAGGAGGAGGUGCAGAGAGAGGUGUACCGUGAGGUGGCUGCAGACGCCGGCGGUGGGCGGCAGUAUGCGUCUGCAUUGCGCGAGGUUGCGGCUUGUUGUGGGAACGUGGUUGUACACGUGCAGGCAAUCAAGACGAGGAAACCGGUGCUUACAAAGAAGUAUCGGAUCAUGCGCAUAGGCGGGGCGUCGGAUCCGGUGUACGAUGAGUACACAGCCGCGCUUGGAGACGAGAUGAAGGGGAUGGCCGCGGAGUUUAAGGCGUUGGACCUGGCUACCAACAACGUGCAGGUCCACACCGCGGUGGCCAUUCCGCGCACAAGAGGCGGCGAGCUGGUGGCCAAAGGGACGUUUGUGAAGGCAUCUCCACGAGAGAGGUGGUACUCGAACGUGGCACUUCUGAACAACAAGAAGGGGGACUGGUAUGCAAGAUGUCUGUGCAUCUUCAGGGCGCUUGACCGUGAUGGGGAGUGGAAGGGAUACGCAUACGUGAGGUACUACGAGAGGGCGGGAAGCUGCAAGCUUACAGGGUGCACGCAGCUGCACAAGAAAGUGGAGAAGGUGAGGUAUUCGGUGGUGGAGCUGGGCAGCCUGCAGAGAGUUGUGCACGUGUGCCCGUCGUACAGCAACAACAAGGGACUGCUGGCUACUGCGCACCCGGACGAUGUGUUCUGCUUCCACGAGAUUAAUUUUCUUCCGAGCCGCCUCCCGAAGACAUACAUUCCAGACAAGCGUAAUGUUUGCGAGCGGAUUGUCAGCAUCGGCAUUCUUUACAACGCGACGGGCAGUUGUUCCGCGGUGCCACUGGUGGUCCUAUCGCCGUACGAUAGGCCCGAGCGCAGGCGGGGGCGCGCGGCAUCGCGCAUGGUGGCAGUCCGAUAUACGCACCGCGGCCGGUUGACUCCGGAGGUGUUCACGGAGUUUGUGGAGACUGUCAACGGUGUGCACUUUAGUCGUGAUCGCAACACACUCAUCCUAACCAUACACGAGGCGCAUCGCAUCACCGACGAGGUCGCGCGCCCCGUCUCGGAGCACGGCUUCAGUGUGCAGCACCUCACCAACACCCGUGUCGUCAACAUACGUGGGUCGGUUCCCGAAGGGGGCCUUCCGCACCUGCAGGGAGUGGAGGACGCGCUGAAGGCCCAUUACCGCGUUAUGCUGAUGAAGCGGGCGAUCGCGGCGAAGCGGUUCCAGUUCGACUAUGCCGCUUCUAUCGCCGACGUGGACUACGGACUCAUGCUGGAGUGGCUGGGGGAAUCGUGGACCCGUGUGCGCGCUGCAACCAUGCAGAGGAGCUGGUGGCGCGCCGGAUGCGUGCCGCCGAGCUGGCCGCCGCUGAUGGCGUACCUGAACGGCACCAGCGCGACGGGCAUGUUUGAGCCGCUCAUUGCGACUUGCGUCGAGCUGCAGUUGCUCAUCGAGAAGUUUAAGAUGAGGCCUGCGUGCUACAUGACGGCGGCGGAGUUCGUCAACUGCGACGCGGGGCUCUGCGUGGAGCAGGGGUUCGUUGCCACACCUGCUGCAAGCGCGUCGGAUGACUCGUCGGGCGAGAUGAGCCUGCCAGACGGCCCGCUGCUGCGGGACGAGCGCAGCAGGCGGCGCGUCAUUCGCAACGUCACAAACGCGUACGUGGAGCGUGCCGAUGAGCUCGGCAUUCCCCCGGCCCUCGUGCCAGCAGAGGUCGGCGCAUCUAACCAGGAGGUGAUUUCCCGCCUCGGCAGGACGCCAGUUAAGCGUGCGUGA